AGAGAACGACGUUUCCGUAGCAACUGGGGCCGGUCCGUUAACCGCAGCGGCUGCUGUACUAACAGAGCUCAUCACCGAGCUGGGGGAUUGUCGUCGGUAACCGGACACCACCUCUGGCUUGCGGGGCGUAGAGACACGGGGGCGACGCAGUAUUGAGGCGGCGAGCCCGCAGCACCGUGUGGAGAUGCUGAAUAUGUGGAAAGUCAGAGAGCUAGUGGACAAAGCCACUAAUGUGGUGAUGAACUACUCAGAGAUUGAGUCCAAGGUGAGAGAGGCCACCAAUGACGACCCCUGGGGACCCUCUGGGCAGCUAAUGGGAGAGAUAGCCAAAUCUACCUUCAUGUACGAGCAGUUCCCUGAGGUGAUGAACAUGUUGUGGACCAGGAUGCUGAAGGACAACAAGAAAAACUGGAGACGAGUCUACAAGGCCCUGCUCCUGCUGGCCUAUCUGAUCAGGAAUGGCUCUGAGAGAGUCGUCACCAGUGCCAGAGAACACAUCUACGACCUGCGAUCUCUAGAAAACUACCACUUCAUUGAUGAGAAUGGGAAGGAUCAGGGUAUCAAUGUGCGUCAGAAAGUGAAGGAGAUGGUGGAGUUCAUCCAGGACGAUGACAGAUUGAGAGAGGAGCGGAAGAAGGCAAAGAAGAACAAAGAUAAAUACAUCGGUGUCUCCUCGGACAGCAUGGGUGGAGGAGGGGGCAGCUUUAAGAACUCUAAUGAGUUGGAUCGAAGCAAGUGGGAUGAGGACUGGGAUAAGAGCAGAGGAGCUUUCCCUUUUAGUGAGAAGCUUGGAGAAAUCAGUGACAAGAUAGGCAGCACCAUCGACGACACGCUCAACAAGUUCAGGAAGAAGGAACGCGAUGACUCACCGGACAGAAUCAGUGACAAUGAGGAGGACCGAGCAUCGAGAAACGGUAGGCAGGAAGCCCUAGAGUUCAAAGAUGAGGAGGAAACUGUCACAACGAAGAGCAUCCAGAUCACACAAGCGACAGAAACCACAACCACCACCACACGAAAACGUAGCGGAGCAACGAGCAGCAAGACUCUGGACCUGGGCGCUGCAGCCCACUACACUGGAGACAAGAGCCCAGAGGAGAAGUCAUCAAUUAGGCAGUCUUCCAGUAGCGGUCUAGCAGACCUGCUAGUGAUUGACCCUUCAUCCAAUCAGAGCACCACAACAGGUGGCAGUUCAGACCUCAUUGGUGGCUUUGCUGACUUCUCCUCCCCUGCAGCCUCUGCCAGCCUCCCCACCUCCACUGCUGCUCCGUCAUCCAAUGGAAAUGGAGAAUUCGGGGACUGGAAUGCCUUUUCGGCCAAUCCUCCAGUUUCGUCCAGCUCUGGUCCUUCCCCGCCCGUCGCUGACCUGUUUGGCAGCGUUCAGUCACCCACAGCCCCAGCCUCCAAUCCAGCAACUGUCCCACCUUCUGCUGAGCUUUUCGACCUGAUGGGUGGAGUUAACCAUCAGCUGAACAAUCCACAUACAACGCUCAGCGCCUCUCAGAGCAUGACUUUCUCUCUGGGAGGAGUGACGCCAGGAGCAUCAGUCGCUCUACCCACCAUGCCCCUUUCUCGCUCUCAGCAGAGUUUGGGAGGCAUGCCAUCCCAGCAGCCCAUAGGACAGCAGCAGAAGGUUGGCGUCGGAAGUCAGGGAUCAUUAGGGUCGACCUGGUCUGACCCCUCUGUCAACAUCAGCCUCGACUUCCUUUCAGCAGGACUCAACCCCACAAAGACACCACCCACACUCAACAACAUCAUCCAGCAACAAGGAGUGCCUCCCGUCAAUCUGUUGGCCCAGAAUUUUGGAGGACUGAACCUCAGCUCUCCACCUCAUGUGACACCGAUAAGACCACCAGCCAAUCCCAUGAUAGCAGGCAACACCAUGACGAUGAGCAUGCCUGCUUCCAUGGCCACGGGUUUACAGGGUGGAAUUCCUGUGAACCAAGGCAUGAUGGGAAUGAACAUGAGCAUGAAUAUGGGCAUGGCCGCCCCGAUGAUGAUGGGCGGAAUGGCUGGCAUGUCAGUGCCAGGAGUAGGAAUGGGCCUGACACACUCCAUCACCCCAGCUGUGGUCCCACCCAAACAAGAUGCCUUUGCUAACUUUGGCAAUUUUGGGAAAUGAAGGUUUUCAAAUGUGUAUGUGUGUUUGUUUGUGUGUGUGUGUGCACGUCUGACAUGAGAGUGUGAACCACAGAAGGACUGCUGUACUUGAAGACUACCUUGCAUGUUUCUCUCUCUGCUUCUGCUCUCUGUGGUGAGCCGGCACCAGCGAUGGUUCACCAUCCAGUCUGCUGACGUGAGUCUGGGAGUAGAGGAAGCACCCACUGGUGCCCCUCACCCAGCGGUUAUUUGAUGUGUGAAAUGAUGUCACACGGAGGACAUCGAAAGGUGUCAACACACAGCCUUUAGUCAUUACUUCCCUGUGGGGAAAUAAAGUCCUCGUCUUUACCUGUUUUAUAUCUGAACUACAGUAUAUCCCCGUUCAUUACAAAAAAUCACUGGUUUUUCUUAACUGCACAGAGAAUUCAAUCAGUACAGUGGAAAAUGGCAUUGCUGCCUUAAUUUUGCAUUGUAGCUUGAAAUAUUAUGUUUUAUGUGAUUCCAACCGAAUCCAAUCGCAAAAUUUAAGCCAUUCCGUUAUUGCUGGGAGGGUUAAUAUUCCUUUCUACAUGUGCACAUGGAGUAUAGAAAAUCCAAACUGGUCCUCCAGCAGAGGGCAGAAGAAGUGCAUGUGUUGAGACAACACUGAUGGUCCAACUUAUUCUUGAGCCAUAUUAGGGUGGAUGAUUUACAGUUUGCAUUAGUUUCCCCUCUUCUCUUUUCAUUUAUAGCAGUUCACAAUAGAUGGAUGCUCAGUUGUUCAACUAUACUUUUUGUUGAUGUUAAAAGGAAACAUUAACAAAUGCACCUAUACUAUUGGGCUCUUUAUAUAACAAAAAUAAGUAAAUAAAAUAUCUGUUCUGCUGAAAAGUGAUACUUGUGCUCUACAUUUUGGAUGCAUUUGCAGGAGUUAUGCCUGAUUAAAGGGUCAGUCAGUAUUUUAUUCAAAGUACUAUCCACUGAUUAUUUUCUAUUAGUGUCACUGUGUCACUUAAAGCAAGCUGUUGUAGGAUAUUUCCCUAAGAUAGCACUGAAUUCUUACCCUCACGGAUCUACGAUGUCUCUUCUAUUUUUGCAUAUGGACAUAAGUAGAUGUAAGCAGUAUUUUCCUAUUGGCUGUAGGAAACAAGGGUCGCCAUCCACAAGACUAAAAAACAACCCUCUAAAUUUAUUUUCUGUGCACAGCAGUGACACAAAGCAGGAUGUUUGAGACAGCCCAGCAACGUACCUUUAACUAAGUAUUUUUGCCAGCAAGCAUUUUUCACCUUGCAGCUCACUUGGUGGUCUCUGUAUCCAAAGGUGGCACACUUUCACCUCACAGACCAUGUUUUAGAAAUACCCUUCCCUGCAUUUGCCUGGAUCAAACACACUGGAGCUAUUUUAUUAGCUGAGUUUUCAUAAAUGAUUUCUAUGGCUAGUUGAGACCAAUCUAAAGGGUUUGGGGUUCUUGAGUGAUAUAUCUGUGUGAGGAGUGAGUGACCGAGUGUGAGUGGUUUUGUGUAUGGGUAUAGUUUUCUCUGUUUGAUGUGCAAACACAGCUAAGCAGAGCCUCUUGUCAUUUUCUGAGGAACUGCUCUCCAAAUGACCAAAUCUUUAUUUUGUUACUCUCAGAAGGAUAAUUCCAUAGCUAUUAGUUUAAUAUUUUAUUAGUUUACUUGUAAGGUUGUGUUCAUAUGGGAGAGCUACUGCUAACAUAAUUUAGUUGACUGGAGUCAUGUUUUUUUUCCAGUACAGAUCAUUUGAUUUGAUUGUACUCUAUUUUCUGUACUUCAUUCAACAUUAAAUUAAAUUAUAACAUUAAA